AUGGCGCACUCGCAGUCACAGUCGCAGUCCCAGGCGCCGCAGACCAGCGCGCAGGAGGCUUCAGCUACAUCUACGCCAUCCCCAGCAGCCUCUGGCCUGGUGAACAGCAGCACUGCUGCUCACUCUCCUCCUUCAAAGAGAGACCUGGCCAGCUGGUGGAGGCAGUUCAAGCGCAGCACAAAGAAGGACGCAGCCCCCCAAGCACCCCCUUCUGGCAUCUUUGGCAUCCCCCUGAACGUGAGCAUCAAGUACGCCAAUGUGGCCAUCUCUCUCACUGGCGAUGAUGGCAAGAGCUUCAUCUACGGCUAUGUGCCUAUAGUAGUGGCAAAGUGCGGGGUCUUCUUGAAGGAGAAAGCCACCGAUGUCGAAGGCAUCUUCCGGCUGAGCGGCUCUGCAAAGCGCAUCAAGGACCUCCAGGAGAUAUUCAACUCCCCAGACCGCUUUGGAAAGGGACUCGACUGGACCGGCUACACCGUCCACGACGCCGCCAACAUCCUGCGCCGCUACCUCAACCAGCUGCCAGAGCCCAUUGUGCCCCUGGAGUUCUACGAGCGCUUCAGAGAACCGCUGAGACAUCGUCAGGGGCGUCCGGACGGGGAAGAGGCUGCCAUCCAGGUCGACCAGGAACAUGGUUUCGACAGGGAGGCUGCCGUCAUUGCCUACCAGCAGCUCAUCAAGGAGCUCCCGCCGCUCAACAGACAGCUGCUGCUCUACAUCCUCGACCUCCUGACCGUCUUUGCCUCCAAGUCCGACCUCAACCGCAUGACCGCCGCAAACUUGGCCGCCAUCUUCCAGCCCGGAAUGCUCUCUCACCCUUCCCAUGACAUGUCCCCCCAGGACUACAAGCUCAGCCAGGAUGUGCUUGUAUUUUUGAUUGAGAACCAAGACAACUUCCUGUUCGGCAUGACGGGCACCGCAGCCGAUGCCCAGACCGUCCAGAACAUCCAGGGCGGCAUGUACCCUCCUCCCUUGCAGAAGACUACCAUCAGACGCUCUGCCUCCAACGCCAGCGGAGGUGCAGACAGCCUCAGAAAGUACGAGGCCCUCCGACGGAACAUGUCUGUCUCCUCGAGGAACUCCAAUGGCAACGUUACCGGCCCCAGCACCCCCAAUUCCAACUCAAAGGGCGGCGGACUGCAGCGUAGCAACACCGUGCCUUCAAAGAGAGCUCCCGGCUUCUCGCCUUCCAGCACAUUCGCUCGACAGCAGGCUGCCACUCCGCCUGCAGCUGGUCUCUCUGCACCACCACAGCUCCAGAUGACACCCGUUGUCAAGGGUUCCCCAGCACAGGACAUCACCAAGGUAGCUGAGCAUCCAGAACCGACUACUACCACUACUGAACAGCCUGAAAAUGGUGCUCCUUCGACUGCUGAAGUUGUGGAGACAGCUCCCGCUACUGAAGCUGCUGCUCAGAUCUCCCUGCCUGUUCGGAACAUUGAGGCUGCUCUCCCCGAAGAGCCUGCUAAGACCACAACUGAGCCUGCUCAAGCACAGCCCGUGGAAUCUACCAAGUCUGACCACCCAGCCGAGCCAGCACGCGCUCCACAGCUUGCUGAACCAUUUGAAUUCACCAAACCACCCGAGCCAGCUCCCUCUCCAGCACCAGCUCCCGCACCAGCUUCGGCACCAGCUCCGGCUCCGGCUUCUACUCCUCCUGGUCCAGAUUCUACAACGCAGCCAGCUACGGCCGGCCAACCUGCUCCUGUCGAGCAAUCCCAGCCCGCUCAAUCUAGCUCUACAGCUCAUCCUAUCCCAAAAGCCCAACGGCCAAACCACAUUGACGCACCUCCUCCACCACAGCUGGACCCGGCAACACACAAGCCAACCACCAUCACCCCAACCAGAGAACGCAAGCUAGCCUCUCUGUUCUCCUGGACCAGUCCCCCCAGCGGCGAGAGGAGAGACGCCAACAAGCUCAAGAAGAAAAGACGCAUCCCCGGAAGCGCCAGUGAAAGCGCCCAGAGCUCUACCGCCUCCCUCCCCCAUGGCUCCCAGACUGGCUCCGACGAGGCAACCCCCACGAAACAACAGCAGCAGCCAUCAACCUCUCAGCCAACAACUUCUUCCAACCCAGAAGACUCCACCGUCGCAGAUGAAUCCCACGUCUCUACACCCAAAGUCUCCAAUCCGCCCCUCUCCCCUCUCGUACCAGUGCGUAGCGCCUCUACGACUCAAAGCCACACCAGCCUGGAAGUCAACUCGCCUCCUCACCACCACACCUCUCUCACCGACCGCAUGCUGAGACCUCGUUCCCGCACUCCUUCUCCAAACUCCCACUCCCUCUCUGCAACGGACCAGUCUGACCUCGAAGAGUCGUCUAGAGGUGACAAAAAGGACAAGCGACGAAGCUGGCGUUUCCACCUCGGCAAGAAAUCAGAUGAUUAA